AUGGAUGACAUUCAUGCACCCACGGUGGCCUCAGGCCCCACCUCAACGCCGGGGAGAAAUGGCCGCGAGCUGUCGAGCUUGUCUCUAAACGAACUUUUUGAUGAAAAGACACGUCUGGAAGCUGAGCUUCAGGCACUUAGCAGCGUUCUUGACUCUCAUGGAGUAAAUAUGUCGACGAGCUUGUUUACAUUCGAUGGAUACCCCCGUGAUGAUUUGGAUAUUGCACAGAUCCGUACGACUCGAGCGCGAAUCAUCCACCUACGGAACGACUACAAGGACGUCAUGACCAAGGUUGAACAGGGCGUUCAUGCGCAUUUCGCCCGGCUCCAGCAACAGGAGCAUCAGCAGCAGCGGCAAGAACAACAGAACGCAAGCUGUCCUCCUACCCCCUUACCCGCCAUGGACGAUUCAGCCACUACCAGCGCUCGGACGGGGCUUAUAGAGACGCCAUUUGCGAAGAUUAAUAGUGUGGCUGAAGGCAGCCCUGCAGCGCAGGCGGGGAUUAAAGUCGGGGACCGGAUUCGCAGCGUUGGGCACGUUAACUGGAUGAAUCACGAGAACUUGGCUAAGGUGGCGGAGGUUGUGCAGCGGAAUGAAGGGAACACUGUCUUGAUUAAGGUAGUUCGAGGCGAUGAAUCUGGCGAGACGAAGGAUCUCACUUUACAGCUUGUCCCCCGAAAAAACUGGGGAGGUCGCGGGUUGCUGGGAUGUCAUCUUGCGAUAAUAUGAAACGUGGAAAUGAGCAAUUUACUUCGAAGUGCCAGUACCAUUCGUUUUGUUUGUUUUUCAUUCUUAGCCUUCACUUCCUUUUUUUCCCCUUUCUCUCUUCACUUUGAUGCUGGCGCGAGGUCGAGAGCUUGACGAAACUUCAAUGGGAUUUUAUAAUGUUUGGAGUACCCGGGCUUAGUGUUGUUUCUUUGUAAUGACCACUUGAUAAAGAUUUUAAUGUGCUAUACGAAUUUGUACGGGCGUGCCAUCCAUCUGUUUUGUAUUUGCGCCUUUUUCCCGCUUGCGUUCUUCGUUUUCUAAUCUGUUUCCAUCCCCCUUCAUUCAUCAAAUUUACUUUUUUCUGCUUCUUUCAUUCUCAAAACUUUUUUUGGUGCAUUGUUAUAUAGCCAGUUACGCAUUAGAAAGCCAGACUCACGGUUUUUUGUUC